AAUGUGUGUGCGCGUGUCAAGGUUGUAUAUGUGUGUGUGUGCGCGCGCGCGCACAGGAAAGGAGAGCGAGUUUAUUGGUGUCUGUCUGUGCAAGUGUGUGUGUGUGUGUGAGAGAGAGUGAGAGCAGGGGGAGAAAGGGAGAGUGUGUAGGUGUGUGUUGUAACAGAUGAGAGGGAAUCUUUGCCAGAUUAGUCAGGGAAGAGGCAGGCUUGUUAGCAGAUAGCACUGGCAUGGAGCAUCACAUGCACACACUGCCACCAUUCCACUCACACAUGCACGGUCAAUCAGGCAGCUCUCAGCUGUGUUGUACAUCUUUGAGGAUUACCCUCAAUCCUUCCAGUAUUCCGCUGGAACGACUGCAGCCCCUUAGAGAGAGUAGCGGGGCUUUUAAAACCCUGCAUUUGAGCCCAACGAUGAUGAGCAGGAUUUCUAUUGUUGUUUUCAGGUCUCUGCCUUGUCCUUUGGUUGGGAAGUGCGGGCAUGCGAUUUGAUUUUUACUGUAUCACAUCGUUUGUCACCAUCGGUCCUAUUUGUUUAGGCUUGGCAGUUAUUACUGUUCCUCUUCCUCUCACCGGUGUUUUCAAAAUGUAAUGUUCCAGCAUGUUUUCAUCUCCUGUGCUCGAGAAUUACAUCUUCUCCACAGCUCUGUUACAUGAUGUGCAUGCUAGUGUGUGUACUGCAUGAUGACCUACACCUGUACAUGAUUGAUGCAUCAGUAUUCUGUUCAGAUUGGACAACGUGUCUUCUCUGUUUCCUCCCUCUUCUCUCCACUUGGGCUGCUGCUGCAUGCAUACUCCUGUUUCUGGCCUCUAAUUGCCUUUGUGGAAAAUACAGUGGUUACUGCAGAUAUUUGAAAAGGAAUGAUGAAAUGGUUGAAAAUAUCUCAGGAUGCAACAGACACCGCUGCCGAACACUACGCACCUGCACCUACAGGAAAAUCAUGUCAUUUUUGUGCAUGAGGGCAAAUGCAAACCAGGAAAAUAUGGAUUUAUAUUUACUGGAUUAUUUGCAUUUUUUUUUGAUGAUAUGCUUUGGUAGGACAUCUUCAAAUUUAUUCACAUUCACUGUGCUUUUAAAAGCUGACAUCAAAGCCCACAGAUAAAAUAAUAUGUCCUGAAUUUGCACAGACAGCACAGUGGCUCAGCUGUUAGUGGAAUAAAUAAAUAAAACUUUUUCAUUUAAAUACAAAGCCAUACUCUACAAUUCUGAAUGCUUAAACUGCAGCCAGUACUGCUAAUUAGAUGGAGUGCUUUAAUUUAAGGGUCUCAGACUUGUCUGAAGUGCUUUAAGUUUCCGCAUUGGAAAACAGACUUUGUGUAGCAGCUUCUGCAAAUUGUCAUGUACGUUGAAGGGUGAGAUAAAAUGAAUGGAAGCGUUGUGAAUAACAACACUCUUAAAGCAGGAGAGAACGGUUCCCUGGAGGAGAUGGAAGAGGACAUCAGUCUGAAGAAGCGUAAAGGUGAUCGUCAUGGAGACAAAGAUCUCCAGGCUGGACAGGAAACUGGUGAAAAGGUUAAAAGAAAGCGAGGGCGCCCGCCAGCUGAGAAACUGCCUCCAAAUCCACCUGAACUCACCAGAACACUGAACACACUGGUGGAUAUGGUUAUCAACUACAAGGACGGGUUGGGUCGACAGAUCAGUAAAGGCUUUGUGCAGCUUCCCUCUAAGAAGGAGGUGCCUGAGUACUACGAGCUGAUCCGAAAGCCUGUGGACUUCAGAAGGAUCAGGGAACGUGUGCGUAAUCACAAAUACAGAAGUGUGGGUGAUUUGGAAAAGGACAUUUUCCUCCUGUGUCACAAUGCUCAGACUUAUAACUUGGAAGGAUCUCAGAUCUAUGAGGAUUCAAUUGUCAUUAAGUCUGUUUUCGAGAGCGCGAGACAGAGAAUUGUCACAGACGAGGAACAGAAAGAGAUGGUUAGUGCCAGUCACAGUGAUAAUGGCGGCAGAGCCGAAGACCAGUUUGUUCCAUCAGCAGUGAAACCAUUACCAGUCCAGUUAAAGAAGGAGAAUAAGGAGGAGAGAAGCAGAAAUAUGACAUCCAAGAGGCUCCACAGUGAUUUAGACAGCGAUGAGGAUCUAGAAGAUAACACCACAAAAGAUGAAGGUUGAACUGAAAGGCCCUCCAGUUUUUGUAUUUUUAUUCAUGUCUAUUCUCUGAAAUAUUGCUUUUUUGUUGGUUUCAUCAUUUUAUUUCAAAAGAAAGGUCUUUGAAAAUAAAACAGGAUGGACCGCUCAGAGACAGGCACAUACUGAACUGUACCUUUUCUUUUUGAUAAGUCAACUCAUGCUGCUGCACAUAAUGCUGUUUCCUUUUAUGUAGCUGAUCUUUUACAAUAACUGUCAUUUCUGUUUUAUCCGACUUAGUCGCUGUGAUUGCUUCUGCAGAUAUUAUGUAAACCACCAGUAUCACUGACUCUUUUUAAUCAGUAUAUUCACUUGUAUGAAAUGUUUUCAUAUUGGAGCAUGACAUGUAUAUCUCUCCUGGAGCUGGCAGUGUUGAUGUGUUCAUGGCCGGAGAAUCGAAGCACACGGGAGGCUUUUAACGAAAAUGAGAGCAGCUGGACAUUGACAGUUUGUUUAAAAUUGCUGAAUGUGAUUUUAGAAUUGAUCAAAAACAUUGUGGAAGUAUAAAGUCAUACUGACAAUAUACCUUUUGUCUGUUUCUGAUACUUGAAUGAAACGAGUUUGGCUCUAAUCAAGGUAAACAUUUGUAUCCCUUGUGCUAUAGUAUAUUCACAUUGUACAGUUUGUGUGAAGAGUAAUUCAAAACUUAAACUGCUUUUCAUUUACUCCCCUGGUUACUGAGGAGGAUGGAAGAAGUCAUUGUUAAGACAAUCUCUGGAAACAUGUGUCACUUAAACACUUGCAAAUAAAUUUUACCA